AUGGCAAAGCGCGAUGGUUCGAGAUUGAGCGAUAGAGGAGAGCGGUCACAGGUGUCAGUCAUAGAUGAGAAGGAGUCUCCGUUCUUUCAUGAUGCGUGGCCGUGGUCGUUCCAGAUUGGUGGCGCCGACGUCAAAAGCAAAGGCAGGCCAGCGUCAGCAGCGGCGGCUACGAUAGGUCUCUCUGGACAGGUCACUUCAACGAAGAGGAUCAGGAUCAGGAUCCAGACCAGUAGCAGGAUCAAGACAAGCUCUUGUACCAGUACUUGUACGCGGUUCAUGCCGCCAUGUAUUUCCCAUCCCCAGAAAGAACCCAGAAGAUCCCCGGAAUGGCACCAAUUCCCCUCCGCUCUCGCUUAGAGGCAAUACAGUACACUUCUCAGAUAUUGGGCGUAUCGCAUAGUAAGGGCUCUGGACAGCCUCUAGCGACUUGGGCAGCGACGUAG